AACUAUGGCGGACAUUUCGACUUUCAUAAAAAGACAACUUUUUCGAAGGAAUGAAACUUUUCUGCUACUUCUUCUAUUUGUUGCGUUAAUAUUCAUAUUCAUACUCAACCAGAAAGUCGGCUGUGAUGUGAAGAAUGACUCGCUUCCCCAGAAGGCCAUCAAAACAAAUGAACAGUCAAUACCAGUGGAAUUAGAAACGUUUCUAUUUAUUAUGAUUUUAACAGCUCCUAAUGGCAAAGAAAGACGAGAUGCUAUGCGGAAAACAUGGCUUUCUAAUCUAGAAACUCUUCAUUCAUCGGUAGUUCCAAGAUUUGUGAUUGGAAUAAAGGAAUUAUCUCUAGAGGACAUGAAAAAUGUGGAAGAAGAAAACAGUCGACAUCACGAUAUUAUAUUUCUUCCAGAACUUAAAGAUGCGUACAAGGACCUACCCAGCAAAGUUUUGCAAGCACUCAAAUGGAUCGAUCAGCAUGCGAAUUUUUCAUAUCUUCUCAAGGUUGAUGAUGAUAGUUUUGUACGGUUGAAUGUUAUCCUCAAUGAGCUCCAAAGCACAUAUUCAAUGAAAAGAUUGUACUGGGGUUUCUUUCGUGGAGAUGCACAUGUGAAAUUUACAGGUCCGUGGGCUGAAAAAAAUUGGAAUCUCUGCGACAGAUACUUGCCUUAUGCGCAAGGGGGUGGUUAUGUACUCUCUAGAGAUCUGGUCAAUUUUAUUGCUCGAAACUCAGAUUUCUUGCAAAAAUUUAACAGUGAAGAUGUAUCUGUAGGAACAUGGCUGGCUCCUCUCCAAGUUAAUAGAGUCCAUGACUACAGAUUUGACACUGAAUAUCGUUCAAGAGGUUGCAAUAACCUUCACAUUGUUAGUCAUAAACAGUCUGUUUCUGAUAUGUACCAAAAACAUCGCCAAUUGCAAAAGGAUGGAAAGCUUUGUCAUCAAGAAACUCAUCUCAUGAACUCAUUCAUUUAUAAUUGGAGUGUGCCACCAACAAAAUGUUGUAAACGAAUGGGAGGUAUACCCUGAGACUGAUUUUUGACAGGGUGGAUGAUGCCUUGGAAAAGUGAGGCUACAUUAAGACAUUUGUGCAAUAAAAUAAGGAAACUC